CAAUAAUUCCCUCCCACUGUUUUCUUCGCAUGUUACUCUUUUCUGUGCUGUUGCACAACUCCGUUGUUUUCAUCUUACUGGUUCUGUCACAGACACAUGCAGUGAUGGUGGAGGAUCGACCAGCAGGAAGCGAAUCAGAGGCCAUCACCACCAUGACAGGCGGAAGUAAACCCGUGCACCGCUUCCUCAGAGGACAACCCAAGAGUAUCGGAGUGGUGCUGGUGAUGAUGGGUAUAGGUCUAUUCAUGUUUGCGAUUCCUAUGAAUGAGAAAUCAGAUGCGCUCAUCACAUCAGAGCAGUUCACCCCAUUCUGGCUUGGGAUCUUGUUCUUUAUCUGUGGUCUUCUGUAUAUACUGUCUGAGCGCAACCCAUCCAAGAAGAUAAUCACAGCCAGUCUUGCUCUGAGUAUCAUCUCAGUCAUUGGAGUCCUGUCUGCUUUGGGGGAGUUCUCCAGAGCAAUUGUUGGAAUCGAUCAAGUAUACUGGUCUCAUCUACAUCCGAAUCACACAGAGGAGGAGACCAUUUAUAUUGAACAACAUUAUAUGCCCAUCAGAAACAUGGAGCUAGUGUUCUUCUGUCACAACUUGAUAGGAGGCGCUCUGCUUAUAACCAUGGCGAUCUUCGCCAGGGCUGGGCUGCGAUCCAGCAGGACUCAGACUGUUGUUGUAAUGCGGGACCUGGCCUCCGCAGAGUGAACCAACCAAAAUCAUCUGAAGAUCCAUCUCUGUGUAUGUGAAGAGGAACUGACAACACAUCAGAAUAUUUCACUAAUAAUCACCUGUUUAAAACGAUCAUUAAAAUGGCAUAUAUAUAUGUUUUGUGCUGAAAACUAACAUAAAAACAGCAUUCAGAGCGUAGGGACAUUUAUCAUUUGUAAACUUAUAUUUGAGCUAGCUUUAUUAUUUUAUUAUAACCGGGAAUUAAUACUUUUUUCAAUUAUGGUUAUACUUCUAUAAUACUUUGUUAUGGCAGUCCUUUUUGUAAUAAAUAUUCUUUACAAUGCAAGCAUAAGCACAUUUCCAAAAUGUCUGAGUGCUUCAUCUGGAAAGCAUCUGUUGUGUACAACAUCUUCAUUAAAAAAAGCAUUAACACUUCUGACACGAAAUGUUUUAGACACAUUGUAAAUACUGUACAUCUUCUAGAUGGAAACCCUCAUAUAUAAGAGAAGUCUGUGAGAUGAAUGUGUGAUGUUUGAGUUUAUUUCUAAAAUCCUAAAUCAAGCUGGAAGUCUUUAUUAUUUCAGAAAUCCCUAAACUGAAUCUCUGCUAAAUAAUACAGUCUAGUAGCACUGUAACAGAAAUAAUAAAAUCUAAAGAUUUACUAAUAUCACUAAACAAGGUUUAUAUCUGGGAUCAUAGGUUAUUGUUUCCGAGAUAGAUGCAUGCAGAAUUCUUCACUUGUGAUCCGAUCACCCAAGAUGGGUUUAUUACCAGCUGUAAAAAGGACAAUGGAGUACUAUUUGUUGACACUAACUUUUUUUCUUUUUUUUUAACAGCAAGAAGAAUCCUUAUACACAUUUUUUAAAGGUUUAAAAGAUUUAGAUAUUUUUCCAUUUGUUUCUUUGUAUUCAUUAUUUGUUGAAUAGUUACAGUUUUUUUCAAUCGCUAACAAGCGCUUAACCAGGGACGUACUGGGACUGAAAUUCAGCCCGGGACUUUAAGAUGGAGAGGCCUUUUACGCGAGUGCCCUUGGUGCACGAGCAGGAUUUUUUGCAGUUAUUUUCAUUCUAAUAGUGUUUUUAUGGUAUAAAGACAAUCAGAUUACGCUGAAGACCUUCAAGAAACUUUAGGAUAACACCUGCCUCCUCAGGUUGUAUAAGCAAGUCCACUGCACUGAACACAACCAGGUCAGCAAAACCUAAUCUCAGACACAUAAGUCACACAGUAUACUGCGAACUACCAGCAUGUCAUGUGUACAGUCAGUCGGAGUGAUGAAAUAGUUACAAAUACUCACACCCACUCAUACUCAAAAACUACAGUGCAGUCCCAUACAAUAGAGAUUGUGUGUGUGUGUGUGUGUGUGUGUGUGUGUACUCACUUUCAACUCUCCCUGCCUCAGCUUCCCCUGUGCUGGACCCUGUCUCUGCUUACUGAUUGUACAGCUACAUAUCAUAUGCAUGAGAAGAACAUGAGUAAUAAAUAUGACAAAGAAUAAUACAUUUUCUAAUUCAAUCUGUGCUUCAGUCAGGUUAUUAUCUAGUAUGUGGAACUAUUGGCAUUUUAUCCUUUAUGUAAAUAUGUAACAUUGUGCUGUAUUUUUCUAUUUUUGUGUGCGUGUUCUUAAUAAAGCUUUGAUUGAUUGA